CCCAGCUUAAAAGGAUUCAUGUCCAAUCGAAACGCAGCACGUUUUCUAUGCUGUAAAGAGCAAAGACAUCUGGACCGUUACUUCUUGAAACAGCACCGCCUUUCCAUUCUGCUCAUCCAACAAGAGAGGCCUCUGCUGGAAAUUUCUCUGGCAAUUUGCGUAAAUUCUCGAUGGAUAAGGAAAUUCGGAGCUUGAAUCUUUAAAUUAAAAGUUUGAAAUUGUUGACAUGGCUGCUUUAUCGCUACUAGCUGGAAACUGUGCAAGAAGCAAAGGAGGUGAAGAUGGAAUUUCAUUUGAAUUUGGUUCCAUUAAUGCGUGUUUCGGGAACGAACUUCUCGUUAAUGGUCUUCUUAGAAGUUCCUAUAGAAGAGUAAACAGUUACAGGACAGGAAUCGGAAGUGGAUUUCGUCUCAUUGCAAAAGUUAAGAAAUGGAAGAAGCAUGAUUAUCCCUGGCCGGAUGAUAUUGACCCCAAUAUUACUAGUGGACACUUGACUUACCUGUCCAACUUCAAGCCACUCGCUGAGAAACCAAAACCAGUGACGCUUCCUUUUGAGAAGCCAUUGAUUGAUCUCGAGAAGAGAAUUCUUGAGGUACGUAGAAUUGCUGAUGAAACUGGCCUAGAUUUUAGUGAUCAAAUUGAGGCUUUAGAAAGCAAGUACCAGCAGGCUCUAAAAGAUUUGUACGCACAUUUGACACCCAUUCAACGCCUAAGUAUUGCUAGACAUCCCAACAGACCGACAGCUCUUGAUCAUGUAUUAAAUAUCACCGAAAAGUGGGUGGAACUUCAUGGAGACCGUGCAGGUUAUGAUGAUCCAGCUAUUGUGACUGGUAUUGGAACUAUAGAUGGUAAACGAUAUAUGUUCAUAGGCCAUCAAAAAGGUCGGAACACCAAGGAGAAUAUUGCUCGCAACUUUGCUAUGCCAACUCCUCACGGCUACCGAAAGGCCUUGCGUAUGAUGAAAUAUGCUGAUCAUCAUAGUUUUCCCAUUGUUACUUUUGUUGACACUCCUGGGGCCUUUGCUGAUCUCAAAUCAGAGGAACUUGGUCAGGGUGAAGCAAUAGCUCAUAAUCUGAGGACAAUGUUUGGCCUGAAAGUGCCAAUUAUAACUGUAGUAACUGGUGAAGGUGGUUCAGGUGGGGCGUUGGCUAUUGCUUGUGCCAAUAAAUUAUUAAUGCUGGAGAAUUCUGCUUUCUAUGUUGCAAGUCCUGAAGCAUGUGCUGCAAUAUUGUGGAAGUCUUCCCAAGCAGCUCCAAAGGCAGCUGAGAAACUAAGGAUAACUGCUCAAGAGCAUUACAGGCUCAAAAUUGCCGAUGGCAUCAUUCCCGAGCCUUUGGGUGGUGCACAUGCUGAUCCAGUGUGGACUUCACAACAAAUUAAGCUUGCAAUCACCCAGGCCAUGGAGGAACUAGCAAAUAUGGACAAGGAAGAGCUGCUCCAUCACCGCAUGCUUAAAUUUAGGUAUAUUGGAGGAUUCCAGGAAGGUGUACCAGUGGAGCCAGAGAGGAAACGCAACAUGAAACCGUCUGAGGCCAACAGCGCAACGACAGCUGAUAUAGAGUUGGAGCUUGAGAAUUUAAAGGAGAAGAUUCUAGAAUCUAAAAGAACAAUUGAACCAAUUUCAAACAAAGCAAUUGAGAAGCUGAAGCAAGACGUAGACAAUGAGAUUACAAAGGCAUUCAUUUCAAUGGGUUUGCAGGAAAAGCUUGAAGCAGUCAAGUUGGAGUUAUCUAAAGCCCCAAAUCGUGUACCUAAUCAGCCCCUUAAUCGUAACUUAAAGGAAAAGGCAGAUAAAAUAAUGGAAGAAUUUAAGCAGAAUUUGUCACGAACAGGAGCUUAUCUAGGACUAAAACAGAAGCUUGAAAAGUUGAACUUAGUUUAUCGACUCAUUGAGCUUAAAAACAGAAGUGAAAAACUAAAAGCAGAGAUUAAUCAAAAGGUUCCAGAGGAGAUAAAAGCAAAGAUAGAACUUCUAAAGAAUGCUGAAGAAAAGCUGUCGAAAGGGGAUGCACUAGAUAAGGAUUUGGUGGAGGAAGCAGAAAAAGCUAAAAAAGAGUUGGUGAAUGUACUGAAGUCAUCUGGCUUGGAGAUUGUUGGAAUAAUUAAGAAAAAUGAAGCAACUCCACCUCCUGCUCUACGAGAGAAAUUAGACAUCGUUAAUAAAGAGAUUUCAGAAGAAAUUGAAAGACUGAUAAAUACAGCUGACGUUACUGGCAAGGUUGAGGAGUUGAAGUCAGAGAUAAAGAAGGGCUCAAGUUCAGGAAAAAUAGAGAAACUGGAAUCUGAGAUCAAGGAGAUAAUCUUUUCUGCUUUAGAUGUUAUGACAUUGAAAGAGAAGUUUGAGAACCUAAGAGUGGAAUUAGCAUCUGUCUCAGAAGAAACAACUCAAGAUAAGGUUGGUGCUGAAAAUGGCAGAUUCUGAAAUUACAUAUAUCCUUUACAUAGAGAUAGAAGGUUGUAAUUUUAUUUUUUGGUGGAAAGAAGAAGCUAUUACGAACUUCUGAGACAUAUUAAUUAUUUGCAUUUCUGUAACUACUUUGUGUAUUAUCUUUCUCCAGGGCUGUUUAAUAUCACUAUCAUGAUGGGAUAUCAUAUAAGGUUUUCUCCUGAGUUGUUUUA